AAUCUACUGUUAACAUAAAAAAUUACUCUUCGUAUCGUACAUCAACUCAUUCAACAAGUGUGUUUUACGUGAUAAUAUAAUGACCGGCAAACUACACAUACGUUUAGUGUUUUAGUCGUGUACACAUGUAUGUUACUUUACUAUAGUAGCGAAUACUGAGCCAUGUGUUCUUCAGAGUAAUCGUUUACCGGUAAAUCAUUUCGCGUAAUAGUCGACGAGUGACCGCCGAACUCAAAGCAACUAAAAAAUUUACAUGUAAACUGUUACACUUAUUUUUAUAAUUUCCUCCCAAAAUCUAACAAUUUUAAAAUGAUUUUGUUUUUCCAACUGUUGUAAUAUAAACUUUUUUUUAUUAAAUUAUUAUAUUUUAAAUUUAUUAUAAUAAAUUAUAAUUACGAGUAGUUAUUAUUAAUUUUACAUUGAAAAAGUGUUAUAAGUGAACAAUGGGUCAAAGUCAAAACAUUGAUGUACUUAUGGGAAAUCUAGGGGAUUUUGGACAGUAUCAGUUACGACAAUUUUUACUUCAUAUUUUGUCGGCAUUCACAGCUGGUUUACACAUGUUGGUUAUGGUCACUGUGGCUGCUGUUCCUGAAUAUCAGUGUAUGAUACAAAAUAUAAGUUUAAAUGAAUCCAAACCUUCUUGGGUCAUCGCUCCUCAAGAUAGAAUUUAUGAUAAAGAAUCUUGUUCAGUAUUGAAUUUCGCCAAUGUAACAACUAAGUGUGAACAAUGGUCAUUUAAUAAAACAUACUAUGAAAACACUAGAGCUAUUCAGUGGAAUAUGGUUUGCGAUAGAAAAUGGAUGGGAUCUAUGGCUCAAAUGAGCUAUAUGUUUGGAGUGUUUACUGGUGCUGUAGUACUUGGAAGCUUAGCUGAUAAGUUUGGACGUAAGAAGAUUUUUUGCUUCUCUGCUGUUAUGCAAUUAAUAGUAAGUGUCGGAAUUGCAUUUGUUAACCACUACUGGCUUUACAUUUUCAUUACUUAUGUUUAUGGAAUUUUCGGAUCGUCUGGAGCAUAUAUUUCUGGUUUUGUACUAUCUAUGGAGUUAGUUGGACCUUCAGUACGUUCAGUUUGUGGGAUAUUGUUCCAAAUGACAUUUGCUGUUGGUAUUAUGGCAGUGGCAGGUUGGGGAUAUCUUAUUCGAGAUAUAUUCUUACUACAAAUAAUUUAUGGUUUACAUAGUUUACUGCUAAUUCCUCAUAUUUGGUUGGUAGAUGAAUCUCCAAGAUGGUUAUGGGGCCAGGGACGAAAAGAGGAAGCAUUGAAAAUAAUUCAAAGAGCACUAAAAAUUAAUAAAAAAAACAUUUCAUUAUCACUAGAUGUAGAUCAAAUGACAUCAUUAGAAAAAGAAAAUGAAGAAAAGAAGCAUAUAAAGCAAGAAGGUGAUCAAUCGUACUCAAUAUUAGAUUUAUUCAAAACUCCUAAUAUGAGAAAAAAUUCUCUUAACGUUUGUCUCUUUUGGUUUUCUGCUAGUUUUGGUUACUAUGGAAUCUCUCUAAGAUCUGGAAAAUUAUCUGGGAAUCCUUAUUUUACUAUGUUUGUUAUGGCAGCUGUUGAAAUACCUAGUUACAUGUUUGUAAUUGUUGCAAUGGAUCGCUUAGGAAGACGCUUCCUAAACAGUUCUAUGAUGAUAAUAGGUGGUAUCUCAUUAUUAUCAUCCGCUUUCUUCCCUCCUGAUCCUUUAUACCAAAGUAUAUCAACCAUCGUUGUUUUUGUUGGAAAAUUCUGUAUAUCAGGAGCUUUUGCAGUUAUAUACAACUAUACUGUGGAACUUUUCCCAACUGUUGUUAGAAAUACUGCCCUUGGACUCGGAAGUAUGUUUGCUCGUUUAGCAGCUGGUUUCACUCCUCUUGUCACUCUAAUUGAUUCGUAUGAUAAAAGAGCGGCAAUAGUUAUAUUUGCUCUAGUAACACUGAUAGCUGGAGUUUUAAGUACAGUAUUACCUGAAACUCUCAAUAAGACAAUGCCUCAAACUAUGCAAGACGGAGAAGAAUUUGGACAAGGAGACACGUGUUUUUCAACUGGAUGUUUCGGAAGGUCAAAAAAAUUACAAACAGAAAAGGACAUAUCGCUUCAAAGUUACUAAAUUCAAAAAAACCUUUAGCAAUUCAUUAUAAAUAUUAUUGCAUGUAAAUGCUAAAAGUUUACCAAUGUACAAUUUCUGAAAAUGUAUAUUUUGCUAAUAUUAUUAUACACAUAAAUUAACAAUCAUUUUUUAAA